UUCCAAUUUCCUUUUUUGUGCAGAGCAACUAAUAAAAACAACUAUCAACAUGUCCAUCUCUGAUUUCCGCAAGAAGAAGUUGUUGUUCUUGUUCAACGUUUUCUUUGAUGUGAAUCAAAGCGGUGAAAUUGACAUUAAGGAUUUCGAAUUGGCCAUUGAGCGUGUUUGCCAACUACGUGGCUGGGCUAAGGACACACCAAAGAAUAAGGAAAUCCACACUGUCAUGUUGGAAAUUUGGGAAGGUCUACGCUCAAAGGCUGACAAGGACAAUGAUGGUCAGGUCUCCGUCGAUGAAUGGUGCAACAUGUGGGACGCCUAUGCCAAGGAUCCCAGCACCGUUAUGGACUGGCAAAACAAGUACAUGAACUUUAUGUUCGAUUUGGAGGAUGCCUCCACCGAUGGCAGUAUUGAUGUCAAUGAAUUCGCCCUGGUCUGUUCCAGCUAUGGACUGGAAAAGAAGGAAUGUGAAGAGGCUUUCGCCAAAAUGGCCCAGGGUCAGGAGGAAGUAACACGUGAACAAUUUGCUGCCUUGUGGAAGGAAUAUUUUGCUGCCGAAGAUACCAAUGCCCCAGGAAAUUUCAUUUUUGGCAAAACCUCAUUUUAACAAAAUU